AUGGCCCCGAGUCGGCGAACGUGGACGCCACCGCCGCAUGUAGAGCCGAAACCGGCGGGCCCCAACUACCACAUAUUUGCGCCACUCGCGUACGGUCCGAUCAUUCCGCUCAUCCGCCUCGGGCUGCGCGGUCGGCUACCGCAACGCAAGAUUGACGUGAUCUUCCUCUCGACCGUGUUCUUCGCGCUCGGCCACGCAGGAUCCAUCAUGUUUUCCGACUCGAGUGUCUUGACGAUCGCGGCGGCUGGACUCUCUCGCAUCCAACACAAUCAAAUCCUCGACACCGCGACGACGAAGAUGGCCCCGAACCGACGAGAGUGGACGCCGCCGCCGGCCGUCGAGGCCAAGCCCGCGACCGGCCCGAACCUCCACUUGUUCGCGCCGCUCUUGUACGGCCCGCUAAUCCCGCUUCUCCGCAUUGGCCUCCGCGGCCGCUUGCCGCAGAAGCAAAUUGACGCGAUUUUCCUCUCGAGUGUCGGCCUCGCGCUCGGCCACGCGGGCUACAUCAUGUUCUCCGACUCGAGUGUCUAAACGGCUUCUAGUUGCUCCAUAAACUACCAUAACGUUAAAUUCUACGAUGACGGCGACCGAGUCGAUCCAGUGCGCAGCUGAAGUCGAGUUGGAUGUCGAUGGUGUCAUCGCAGCCUAUCUAUGGCACGACGUCGCUCCACGCCCACAGUAUCCCCACGUGGCCAUCCUUCGCACCGUGCGUCUCUUUAGCCCCGGACGCCGCAGCAGGUCGCGAGGAAGCGCCGCGAUUACCGGCCAUGGCUUCUAUAUAUGGCAACCAGUUAGGUGCAGACAAGUAG